GUUCCUUCUUCUGCGCCUUGACGCCGACAUUCACCUUCUUUGGCAGCUUUUUGUCUACUUCCUUCACAACAGGCGCGACUUUCCCUCCCAUCUUGAGCAACUCUCGAUUCGUCCGUGCGAGGUCUCGUUGCUCCUGUUCAUGCUUCUUGUGCAAGGUACGCACCUGCCGCUUGAGUGCAUUUUGGUGUCUAUCUGAUGCUUCAUGGUUGCGCCUGUUGAAGGCAUCAUCGCGGAUGAAGUUCUCCGUCAUCUCAUCUGCCCGGUAGACUCAAGAUGAAGCCCUUCAAGGUCCUUGUCCCUUAGCAGCUCAACUUGUAGGUUCAGGUCCAGGACGCGACGACGCCCAUGGACAAAGUGCAUCAAGUCUCCCAAGACUCCUUCAACCGCAAUGCUGUCCUCUACGACAAAGCCCGACCUUCCUACUCGCCAACAGCCAUCAACGUCCUCAUCUCUGGGCUCUGCUUGAAACAGGGCUCCAAAGUCCUCGACUUGGCAUGCGGGACGGGCAAGUUUACACGUCUAUUGGAUAAUCGCGGGUAUGACUUGACGGCGGCUGAUCCUUCCACGGGCAUGCUAGACGUCUUGAGCGCAUUAUCCCCACACAUCCCCGUCGUCACAGCAGGCGCAUACAGUUUACCCUUCCCAGACGCUCACUUCGAUGCCGUGGCCAUUGCUCAGGCCUUUCACUGGUUUGCGGACCAUGACGCACUCACUGAGAUCUCGCGCGUCUUGAAGCCCGGUGGUAUGCUGGGUAUGAUUUGGAACUUGGAGCGGGAAGGGAUCAGUCAGCUGCAAGAUGAGCAUUUCGCUGCUGUGACACGGUACGAUGAAGGGCUACCGCAGUACCGUAAAGGCCUUUGGAAGAAACCCUUGGAGGAGACGACGCUGUUGAGCAAGUAUCAAGAGUAUGUGGAAGAAACGACGCAAGUCCUCUCAGAAGAAGCAUUGUGGGAGCGUGCAAAGAGCAAGUCAUUCAUUACGAAGCUACCGGAAGAGGAGCAACAAGCGCUCAAACGUGAGCUAGAAGAGAUGGUGAGGGCGCAUCCUGAGCAAGAACGCGAUGCGGAGGGACGGUUGGUGUUGCCGUAUUUUGUGCGGGUGAUUUGGAUGAAGAAGCUGUAGACCUCCAGCCAUGAUGGAUCUCUUCCUAGGCCUUUGCAGAGGGCGGUGACUGCGUGCCUGUGUUCUUGGCGACGUAGUGGUACGCGACGAUGAGCAGCAUCAUGGCUGUCUGUUAGCGUGCUGCCUGCAUUUGAGUCAAUCUGCCACAUACAGACGCCGAGUCCCUUUGCGAUUGUAUCGAGCUGGUCGUCCGUCACCAUACUGCUAGAUACAGCGAGUAGAAGGCUAUGUAGAUGGUCUGGUAACCUGCUCAACUC